UUUCCCAAACUGCGAUACGUACACACGCCAUCCACGCAGAGACUGAGAACUAUGCCUUAAGGAAUGAGGAGUUUUUCAUCUUAUUCCACUGCCAGGUUGCCUUUUAAAACAUGUAAGGAUUUCAAAAAGCCUUUUAAAAAUGUCGCAAACGGCCUCGAUGCGGAUAAUCUGUAUUUUUUAUCUACCGAACCGGACGUGAUUUGUCAAGUUUCUUACUUGAAACGAGGCAGGAAGGAAUCGGGACAACUUUCUUCGCGAGGACUUUCAUUGCCAGCGCUGCUUGGGAAAAGAGCGCGUGAUUGUGUACAUUUUCCAAACGGGGCUCCAGGAAGGACUUUCUGAUCCGUGCAGGCUUUUCGGGGAGAUACUGUGGGGUGGUAGCGUGAAUGCCCUGUGUUGGCACUGAGGGAUGCCAGCAUGCCCUCGCUGAUUCUCUCCCAUCUGCUCCUCAUCUGGCUCGCGCUCCAGCGGCUGGCUCUGUGCGGCGAGCGCGCGUCCACUCGCGAGCGCUUCAAAGUGGUCAUCGCGCCACUCAUCUGCAAACGGACGUGUCUGAAGGGCCAGUGUCAGGACACCUGCGAGCAGGGCAACAACACGACUCUCAUCGGUGAAAACGGACAGUCGGCGGACACACUGACCGGGCCAGGCUUCAGAGUCGUGGUGUGUCCUCUAACCUGUAUGAAUGGAGGAGUAUGCAGUACCCGCACACACUGUCUCUGUCCACCAGGCUUCACGGGACGCCUCUGCCAGUUCCCACUUCGGACUCAAGCUUCUCGUGGCAACAAGCAGCCUUUAUACACCCUGCAGGUGAUGCCUGAGACCAAGAGUCUGUUAGAGCCAGGUGGUACAGGUGGGCGGCAGCAGAUGACACAGACACACUCUGUGUUCACUCUACAAGGCACUGGACAUCACUCUUCUGAAGUGCAGGUCAAUGUUCGUGUUGUUCACACGCCGGACACUUCAGUUGUCAUCCAUUCUCUCGACCAAUCAGAGAGCAAGCCUCACAGUGCCAAGACAGUGACCCGCCUCCCUCCACCAACACAUAAGCCCAAGGGGAGGUGCUUCCAGGAAACCACACCCAAACAGGCUUGUAGUAGUAACCCUCUCCCCGGCCUGACCAAUCAGGAAGACUGCUGUGGCAGUGUGGGUAAUUCAUGGGGCCAAAAUAAAUGUUACAAAUGCCCAUCACUACCUUAUGCUGGGAAACACCAGACUAUAGUAGAGGACUUUGGCUCCACGUGCCCUCAGGGAUACAAGAGACUCAACAACACUCACUGCCAAGACAUAAAUGAAUGUAUGAUGCAGGGGCUGUGUCAGAAUGGAGAAUGUUUAAACACACAGGGAAGUUUCCGCUGCACUUGCAAUCCUGGUUAUGUCCUGGCAGAAAGGACACGCUGUGUUGAUCUUUUUACUCUCUUAGCAUCAACAGCAACUGUCGAGCAGGGGCUCUGUUAUCGGAUGGUUACAGAAGCAGGGAAAUGCGAGCAUGCUUUUCCAACACACUUUACCCAGGAGCUAUGUUGUUGCACUGUGGGUAAAGCAUGGGGAAGCAAUUGUGAGAGGUGCCCACAGGAUGGGACAGCUUCCUUUAAUAAGAUCUGUCCAGCGGGGAAGGGGAUGUCUUUCCUGACCUAUCAUGGCACUCUGUCCAUUCAGCCCCUUCUGACCAGUAUUGAACACUUUAAUCCUGACACUGAGGUCAAGCCUCCGGAAGUCCCAAUUCAGACAACCACGCCCAUGCUGCCCUCUACAAUCAGCACGCACGUGCCUCGCCACCCAGUCAUUGUGGCCAGGCCAACAACUCCUCCCAUAGUCCAUGUGCCUCCAGAGAGUGAUUCACAUGAAUUGGCCCAGACGCAGGUCUCACCAAUGGAUGACUGCAAGCUGAACAGGAAUAUAUGUGGUCAUGGAGAGUGUGUGAACACACAGAAUGGUUACAUGUGUCACUGUUACCCUGGAUAUCAACCACAUGCACAAGGAAAGAGUUGUGUGGAUGAAAAUGAAUGUGACAUGGAGCCAUGUGGUAGAGGUACCUGCUUUAACACCGUGGGUUCCUACAGAUGCAACUGUCACCCUGGCUACAAACUGGUGGUGCAUCAUGGGAAACGCAGAUGUAUUGAUAUAAACGAGUGCUCUAAGCCCGAUAUCUGUGGAGUUGGAGGGCAUUGCACAAAUAUACCUGGCUCCUAUAAGUGUGAGUGUCUGCCGGGCUUCCGAAGCAAAUCCCGCAGACAGCCUUUCUGUGAAGAUAUUAAUGAAUGUUCAGACCCAAGCACCUGUCCUAAUGAACAGUGUGAGAAUACUGUUGGAUCCUAUGAGUGUAUACCCUGUCAACCUGGAUACCAAGCACAGGGAGGAGUGUGUUAUGAUGUCAACGAGUGUCAGAAGCGUGGUGUGUGUCUGAACGGCCUUUGUGAGAACUUGAUAGGAUCUUAUCGAUGUUUGUGUAAUGAAGGCUUCCUGCCUGAGGCUGACAGCAAAGGAUGCAGAGACAUCAAUGAGUGUCAGGAUAACCGUCUGUGUGCUAAUGGUCACUGCAUCAACACUGAGGGGUCGUUCCGCUGCCAGUGUUACUCUGGUUACCAGCCUACACAAGAGGGAAGCCACUGUGAAGAUAUUGAUGAGUGUGAGCGUGCUUCCAACUGCCAGCGAGGACAGUGUUUCAACACGAUGGGCUCGUACCGCUGUGAGUGCCAGAAAGGAUACAGGCUCUACGGUGGGCGCCGGUGCCAGGAUAUAGAUGAGUGUGCUGAGGAAAGGAGUCUGUGUCAGCCCCACGGCGUGUGUGAGAACAGACCGGGUGGAUAUGUGUGCGUGUGCAACGAUGGUUUUAAACUGUCUGAAGAUGAACACAGCUGUGAAGAGGUUGAGAUUAGGAACGAUAAGAAGGAGUGCUACCUAAACCUGGAUGACACGGUCUUCUGUGAUAGCGUCCUGGCAACCAACGUGACUAAGCAGGAGUGCUGCUGCUCGAUCGGUGUGGGAUGGGGCGAUCACUGUGAGAUCUACCCCUGUCCCGUCUACCGCUCAGCGGAGUAUCACUCUCUGUGUCCAGAUGGCAGAGGAUUUUACCAUGAGGAGGGAAAGAUGGAGUUUGGAUUGCCUUUGCAAGAUAUUGAUGAGUGUGUAUUGUUCUCUAAUGAGAUCUGUAAGGAGGGACGCUGUAUGAACACACAGCCUGGCUUUGAAUGCUACUGCCAACAGGGAUUUUACUAUGACAGCAAUCUACUGGAAUGUAUCGAUGUGGAUGAAUGUCAUGACGAGUCCCUGUGUAAUAAUGGACAUUGUGUGAACACUCGUGGCUCGUUUUACUGCACUUGCAGCUCACCCUGGGUCCCUGAUGCCUUACACAAGAAGUGUGUCUUUCCCACAGUUAUAGGUGUGGAUGAAUGUCAGGACCCUGCUAACUGCAAAAAUGGCCACUGUGUAAACACCCAAGAUUCCUAUUAUUGCAUCUGCACUCCUCCCUGGAUUCUGGCAACCGACCGCAACAGCUGUGUCACACCUGAGGAGCAGGUAACGGGUGUGUCUGUGGUGCACCUUUCAGAUGUGAAUGAGUGUGAGGAUCCCUCCUACUGUAGGAACGGGAGAUGUGUCAACACUCCCGGCUCCUUUCACUGCAUUUGCAAGCAGCCACACACCUUCAGUGCAGCCCUCAAGCAAUGCGUCUAUGAUGACCGCACGGCAGCACAUAAGGACAUAUGUUUCCAGGAGGUUGAUGAGGAUCUUAUGUGCACUAUGCCGCGAAAUGAGCUAACGGUGACGUACUCUGAGUGCUGCUGUCACUACGGUCGAGGCUGGGGACCAGAGUGCCGGACCUGUCCUAAUAGAAAUUCAGUGCUUUUUAACAGGUUGUGUGAGAUGCACUUGGAGACUGAAUCUGAUGGAGAGGGGGACUUCCUGGCAACUUUCUCCAGUUACAACCCAGAGCGAGACAGUUCAGAGGAAGACUCAGACGAGUGUAGCUGUGCUAAUGGACGGUGCGAGCGCUCCUAUCUGGGUACGAUGUGUGACUGCAAUACUGGAUUUGUACUGGACCACUCACGAACACGGUGUAUAGAUAUUGAUGAGUGUGCGGGCCGAGGGACAGGGCAGAGCCCCUGUAAGAAUGCACGCUGUAUUAACACCCCUGGUUCAUUCAAAUGUCACUGUAAGGUUGGGUUUGUAGCGGCACGCCGACCAAACGUGUGUAUACGUGCCAGGGUUCAAUAACAGCACUACGGCUGAUCCUCACAGCUGAACAUUUCUACAGGCCACACUCUCUCUCGUGUACAUACAGAAAUAUGCAUAUGGCACCGCUAAUACACAUCAUCAAAUCAAGUAUAUCUGCAAUUAUGAACACUCACCCAUAAACACUCAAAAAAGCAUUUCAUGUUUCACAUUCUCAAUUCCUGGUAAUUAUUCUAUAUUGGGAAUUAAUCAUUAACGUCUUUGUUUUGCUUUUAUUGUGUAGCCUGCUUUUAUUCAUAUCUGUUUGCACCCAUUUGACAAUGUGUUUGUUGUUGGAUGAGGGAUUGUCAUUGGAUGCAAUGUAUCUUUUAACUUAAGUGGAUUCAUUUUUUUGUAAUUAUGUUGCUGCUUGGCACGUUUUAUCAUAGCUCACCAUUUUGUUAAAUAUUGUGUUUUUGCUGUGUUCAUUUUUUUUUUUUUUUUUUUUUUUUUUUUGAUUUACGUUUGCAAGACUUUAAAGUGUUUUUUCUGCCUUCUUCCAGACAGUUUGACAUCAAUGAUCAUUUUUGUAAUAUUCCUUUGUUUGUAUUGAUGUCUGUUAAUUGUUCACCAUUGAUAGUGUUUUGUUCUAAUAAUUUGCUUUGUACAUUGUUUUCUUUAUUUGAUCAUGCAACCGUUGUCAUCUUUCUUUGGUUGCACUGAGCACAUUUUUGUUUUUAUAUGAAGUUAGUCAUCGACAGAUGGCAGUGGUGAUUUGGUUUUCUAAACCAUUUAAAUUGUGCAAAAUGUUCUUCUGAAACAGAAUGACUUUUUUUUCUUUAAUACUUUUUGCUUUCUUGAUGAGACAGAACUGUGAGGUUAUUUUUCACAGAAAAAAAUAGACCUAAUAACUACAUAAGUGCGUUUACCAAAGAAAUGAAACAUAAAUUAAUAAACGAGAAUAAAAAGACGUCAAACUCUC